UUUUUCAAAUAAAAGAAAAGCUUUAAACUUUAAAAUAUUAUUCAACAACAAAAAAGUUUUAGCAAUUUUUUAUUAACAAUGAGUUUAGUUAUAUUAACAAUAGUAUUGCUGUCUAUAGUUGGCACCCAAGCCAACAGUCCGUACAGUAAUCCCUGGUUUAAGGACAACCGGUCAGUGGUCGUACAUCUAAUGGAAUGGCGUUACGAUGAGAUCGCUAAAGAAUGUGAGAUAUUUCUCGGUAAAUAUGGUUUCGGUGCCGUUCAGGUGUCACCUGUAGCCGAAUGCGCUGUCUUACCUAACCGACCAUGGUGGGAACGGUAUCAACCCAUUACAUAUCAAAUUGCUGGCAGAAGUGGUAAUGAGCAACAGUUUGCUGAAAUGGUUCAUAGAUGUAACAAAGUCGGUGUUCGCAUAUAUGUAGACAUUGUUCUCAACCAUAUGUCUAUGUUUAACGUUGCCGGAAAGGGAACGGCUGGAAGUGAGUUCAAUGGCAAAGACUUCAAAUAUCCAUUCUUCAGUUAUAAUGACUUUCAUAGUCACGACUCACAACCAAAAUGUAAUACUGAUAGUCUCGAUAUUAGUAAUUAUGACGAUCCGGAUGAGGCACGUAAUUGCCAAUUGGGUGGACUCAGGGAUCUGAAUCAGGCAAAACCGUAUGUCCAGGAAAAGCAGGCCGAGUUCCUCAACAAACUGAUCGACAUCGGUGUCGCCGGUUUUCGAUCGGACGCAUCCAAACAUCAGUGGCCUAAAGAUAUUGCCGCCAUUCAGUCGCGUCUUCACAAUCUGAACACCUCUUACUUUGCUGCCAAUAGUAAGCCAUUCUUCUAUCACGAAUACAUCGGCGGCGAUAAAAUUAAAGCCACAGAAUAUACGCCAUUGGGUCGAGUAAUUGAAUUUAAAAACUUCCAGAAUAUGGGAGAAGUUUUCCGCAAAAAGAAUAAUCAAAAACUGAAAUAUCUGAAGAACUACGGACCGGGUACUGGUAAAGAUGGUUGGGGUUUAUUACCAUCGGAUGACUCAUUCAUUAUGGUUGACAGUCAUGACUUGCAAAGAGGACACACCGGCACUCUUGACAUCACCAUUACGUUCUUUGAGUCAACACUGUUGAAGAUGGCCACUGCAUUUAUGUUGGCCUGGCCAUACUCUAUACCGAGGAUUAUGAGCUCAUAUAUGUGGCCCAGACAUAUUGUCGAGGAUAAAGACCAUCAUUUAGUCGACACCAAUGAUUGGUACGGACCACCUCAUGACGACAAGUGGGACAUAGUUCCAGUCAAACGACUCGACUCAUUGGCCUGCGAUCGUCAGACAUGGAUCUGUGAGCACCGAUGGCGACAAAUCUAUAAUAUGGUUAACUUCCGAAACGUUGCCGGUUUUGAACCAAUUGGCAACUGGAGAGACAACGAUAAUAAUCAAAUUGCGUUUAGUCGCGGCUCUAAAGCGUUCAUUGCCAUCAACAACGAUGACAAACCACUUGAUUGGAAAGCCGUCCAAACGGGUCUUCCCGCCGGAACUUAUUGUGAUAUCAUUUUAGGCAAUUUAAUCGAUAACAAAUGCACGAAUCGAACAAUUGUUGUCAACUCCAAGGGAGAGGCAGAUAUUUUUGUCAAUAACUGGCCAAAAGUGGACGACCCCAUCAUUGCAACACAUAUUGAAGCUAAAUUAAAAUAAUUUAUUGUUAGAUAAGAUAAAAUUAAAUUUUAGGCUAAUUAUA